UUGAAACUUAAAGGUGGUGAGGGUCGCGAAAAAAGCCAUGGAUACAACUACAGAGGGUGUUCAGGAGGCAAUGGUAAGUGAGGCUCUUGUUCAGUUAGAGGCCACCAUGCAAGCUGCCGUAAGGGAGGUACACGUGGACGUAAGUGCUUUCAAGCAGCGCAUAGAGCAGAGGAUGGAGGAGCUGUGCGUUUCCAACGGACCCUUGACUGAGGCGGUGACCAGGCUGCAGGAGGAGAACCUGCAGCUCAGGGCAAAGCUGGAGGCCCUCAGCCACCUGGUGGAGGGUUUUGCUGGUGUAAAGGUCGAGAAGAGUCCUGCUGAAGUGAAGGGAUGGCACGGGGAGGAAAGUAUCGAGAACGGACAUGCACAGAUACAGUCCAAGACCCAGGAAGACAAGAGGGGUUUUCUUAACUCUGGAAGAUCAGAGGGCAGCCUGUCAAGUCAGUCCAUAUCUACAUACUCUGAACCAUCUGGGUCAGGUGGAGGAUCAAGCCAUGCUUCUGCUGCUGCUGCUGCUGCUGCUGCUGCUGCUCCUAGCAAGACCCGUCCCCCAUGGAGAGCAAAGAGACAUGUUGACAUUAAUCAGGGCACUGAUGCAAAAGAAGAGAAAAAUGUUGCCACAGCUGCAAAAGAGAAUGGCAAGCAAGAAAGCUCUUCAGUGGACUCUGAUGCAGCCCAAACCGCCCGGGACGUUGCCCAGUCCCACCAGCCUCACACCGCCAUCACAAAACCAAGCCCGGAGCCUUCUGCCAUAGCUAAUUCUCUUCAGUCUACAGUGGAAACCCCCAAAAUGCCUGACCAGGAAGAAUCGGGUCCUCUGACCAAACCCCAUCUUCCCCUCACUGCAAUGACGAAAGCCAGCGCCGAAGCUCCAUCUGUUCCUCAGUCUCCUGCCUCAGUGGCCAAAGCAGCCAAAGAAACCCCGGUAAAAUCAGUGGACUCUUCUGCUAAAUGUGACGCCGAUGAGCCCCAGCCCCAUCUUCCCGUCACUGCCAUGACAACCAAAACCAAUCCUGAGGGUCUGCUCGCCACCAAAUCUGCUCAGUCUCUAGCAUCAGUGCCUAAAGCAGCCGGCCAUUCUACAACAGAGGCUCCGACUGGGGAAGCAGGGGAAUAUCCUUUUAUAAGAGGUACAGCCGGAGCAAGUGAGCCGAGAUCCCAGGUAUCCCAGGAGCAGUCUGGCUCUGGAUCUCAGGCUUUGCCCCAUUUUCCCCUCACGGCUGUAACCAAAAGCAGCUCUGAGACUUCUGCUCCAUCUAAAUCUGAUCAGAGUUCUGCUUCUGCGCUGAAUCCUUCAAUACCAGAAUCCCCCACGAUAAAGCGAGGCGAAUAUCCAUUUAGACGUGACGUCAGUGAACCCAAGCCACACUUGCCUCUCUCCGCCCUGACCAAACCCAACACGGAGUCUUCAUCAUCAGCUACACCAGCUCAGUCUCCAAGUCUUUCAGCCUCAAAGGAACCUACGGUGAAACCUGGGGAAUAUCCCUUUAAACGGGUACCAGUUCUCAAGACAACCAGUCCCAGUCUGAAGAGAAGUGUGAGCUUUCCUCAGUCUGCUGAAAAAUUACUUCCCUCCAAAUCAAUUAUAAAAUCUGGUUUCUCACCUAACUUGGACAAAUGCCGUUUUUCUGUCACUUUGCCGCCAACUGGCAACUUCUGUCCAAACGUAUUUUGUAUCCGUUGUCCGCUGUUUCUCCACAGGAAAGCGAACAAGCCAGGCGGGGUCGAGUUUAAGCAGGAUGUAGUGAAAUCACAAACACUUCCACGCUCCAAUGGGGCUCAGGCCAAACGGGCUCUCUUUGAACGGAUGAACUCGGAGCCUACCAAGCCAAAGGACUCCAAGCCGAAACUGAAGCGCUCUCAGAGUUUUGGAGUGUCCAGUGCCAGUGGUAUAAAACAGAUUCUCUUGGAGUGGUGCCGCUCAAAAACCAUCGGCUACCAGAACAUCGACAUCCAGAACUUCUCAUCCAGUUGGAGUGAUGGGAUGGCCUUCUGUGCUCUGGUUCACUCUUUCUUCCCCCUGGAGUUCGAGUUCAACACGCUGGACCCUGCGAACCGCAAACACAACUUAGCGCUGGCUUUCACCACUGCAGAGGAGCAGGCUGACUGUCUGCGUCUGAUCGAGGUGGAGGACAUGAUGGAGAUGGGGGACAAGCCAGACCCCAUGUGCGUGUUCACAUACGUCCAGUCCCUCUACAGCCACCUGAAGAAGUUUGAAUAACUCUGUAUCAGAGUAGAUCACAAAAUCUAGAUGUUUUUAACCACUUUGAAUGAGGGGCCGAGUUGAUGUGGAGCCCAAAACCAGCCUCCGACGAGCAGACUAACAGGAAAACCGCUGCUGUGCACAUCACUUGAACAAUGACACUAGUGUUUGACGGAUAUUUUUCACUGCCAAGUCACAUUUGAUCAGUUGUAUACUGUAUGUGUGUGCUCACCAGUUUCCCCCAUUUCCUGUAGCAUUGAUAGUGGACUACAGAUUCUUAAAAUGCAGUGCCUUAUGACAUGUAUUGUGAUGUGUGUGACUCUAAUGUUGCUGUAUAAUCAUCAAAUCGAUAACAAAGCUGUAAUAAAAGGAAACAAAUUUAAGAGAUGAUAGUAGUUUGCUACGGCUGCUGUUGAUCCAUCGUUAUUUGGGAACAUGAGCGAUGUUACAAAUCGCAGGGUCAGGAACCAGUGUAGAGAUGCUCCAGUUACAAUAAAUUCAAAUCUUGCCCGUUGAAUCUUGUAAUAUGGCGC